AUGAAUAAAUUACCCGGUGUUUAUAUUGUAAGCCUAUUUCUGCUGAAUUUCGUCUGCUUUUUCUCCCCGAUUUCCUCACAACCGGUUAUACAGCAGACUUUAAUAAUUGAUGCUGCACCUUCGGUGGUCUCAUAUCAGGGGUCUUCACAAAACUAUGCUCAUUUAGUUAUAUCACCACGUGGUCGUGCUUUAGGCUAUGUAGCACCCACAAAUCUUAAUCACACAGUCCAUCAUACGGAAAAGGUGAAAGACAAUUUGGAUUUCUUGGAUAUACGACCGAUUUAUAUGCAUAAUUAGUGU